GCAGUGUCUGUGGCGGCCGCGGAGGCGAGAGCGACCGUCCCAUCCUCCCCACCCCCUCGGCUCCGCUCACCACACGCCGUCCGCUUGCGCCGACUUCUUCUCAGCUCCGCGCGCCUUGACUGGACGUUGAGCCUUGGGAGGAGACGCGAGCGGCUAGAGCCGGAGCGGGGCAAGCCGCGGAGCCGGGGCCGGCAGGAGAGCGAGGCGGUUGCCAUCACGAAAGCCAAAGUGGAUUUCUCCAGUGUGGUGUGCCUGCCCCCUUCCGUCAUUGCUGUAAAUGGGCUGGACGGAGGAGGGGCCGGCGAAAAUGAUGAUGAACCAGUGCUCGUGUCCCUGUCUGCAGCACCCAGUCCCCAGAGCGAAGCUGUUGCCAAUGAACUGCAGGAGCUCUCCUUGCAGCCCGAGCUGACCCUAGGUCUCCACCCUGGCAGGAAUCCCAAUUUGCCUCCACUUAGUGAGCGGAAGAAUGUGCUGCAGUUGAAGCUCCAGCAGCGCCGGACCCGGGAAGAACUGGUGAGCCAAGGGAUCAUGCCGCCUUUGAAAAGUCCAGCUGCAUUUCAUGAGCAGAGAAGGAGUUUGGAGCGGGCCAGGACAGAGGACUAUUUGAAACGGAAGAUUCGUUCCAGACCUGAGAGAUCGGAACUCGUCAGGAUGCACAUUUUGGAAGAAACCUCAGCCGAGCCUUCCCUCCAGGCCAAGCAGCUGAAGCUGAAGAGAGCCAGGCUAGCCGACGACCUCAAUGAGAAGAUUGCACAGAGGCCUGGCCCCAUGGAGCUAGUGGAGAAGAACAUCCUGCCUGUGGAGUCUAGCCUGAAGGAAGCCAUCAUUGUGGGCCAGGUGAAUUAUCCGAAAGUAGCGGACAACUCUUCCUUCGAUGAGGACAGCAGUGAUGCCUUAUCCCCUGAGCAGCCUGCCAGCCAUGAGUCCCAGGGUUCAGUGCCGUCACCCCUGGAGGCCCGAGUCAGCGAACCACUGCCCAGUGCCACCUCUGUAUCCCCCACUCAGGUUGUUUCUCAACUCCCGAUGGGGCCGGAUUCCGGAGAAAUGCUCUUCCUAGCAGAGCAGCCUCCUCUGCCUCCCCCACCUCUGCUGCCUCCCAGCCUCACCAACGGAACCACGGUCCCCACUGCCAAGCCCACCCCAACACUCAUUAAGCAAAGCCAACCCAAGUCUGCCAGUGAGAAGUCACAGCGCAGCAAGAAGGCCAAGGAGCUGAAGCCAAAGGUGAAGAAGCUCAAGUAUCACCAGUACAUCCCCCCGGACCAAAAGCAGGACAAGGGGGCCCCGCCCAUGGACUCCUCCUAUGCCAAGAUCCUGCAGCAGCAGCAGCUCUUCCUCCAGCUGCAGAUCCUCAACCAGCAGCAGCAGCAGCACUACAACUACCAGACCAUCCUGCCUGCCCCGCCAAAGUCGGCAGGUGAGGUUCUGGGAAGCAGUGGGGCCCCCACAGUGCGUAGCCUCACCACUACCAAUAGCAGCUCCAGCUCGGGCGCCCCUGGGCCCAGUGCAUUGGCACGUCAGAACAGCACCUCAAUGACUGGCAAGCCAGGAGCCCUGCCGGCCAACCUGGAUGACAUGAAGGUGGCAGAACUGAAGCAGGAGCUGAAGUUGCGGUCACUGCCCGUGUCAGGCACCAAGACAGAGCUGAUUGAGCGCCUGCGUGCCUACCAAGACCAAAUCAGCCCUGCCCCAGGAGGCCCCAAAGCCCCUGCCACCACCUCUAUCCUGCCCAAGGCUGGCGAGGUGGUGGUAGCCUUCCCGGCGGCCCGACUGAGCACAGGGCCAGCCCUGGUGGCAGCAGGCCUGGCCCCAACCGAGGUGGUGGUGGCCACGGUGACCAGCAAUGGAGUGGUGAAAUUUGGCAGCACGGGCUCCACACCUCCCGUGUCUCCCACCCCCUCAGAGCGCUCACUGCUUAGCACGGGUGACGAGAACUCCACCCCUGGGGACACCUUUGGUGAGAUGGUGACGUCACCCCUGACACAGCUCACCCUGCAGGCCUCUCCGCUGCAGAUCCUUGUGAAAGAGGAGGGCCCCCGGGCUGGGUCCUGCUGCCUGAGCCCGGGGGGGCGGGCGGAGCUGGAGGGUCGCGACAAGGACCAGAUGCUGCAGGAGAAGGACAAGCAGAUCGAGGAGCUGACCCGCAUGCUCCGGCAGAAGCAGCAGCUGGUGGAGCGGCUCAGGCUGCAGCUAGAGCAGGAGAAGCGGGCCCAGCAGCCUGCCUCCGCCCCCACCCCGGCCCCUCUCUGCGCCCCAGUGAAGCAGGAGAACAGCUUCUCCAGCUGCCAGCUGAGCAGACAGCCCCUGGGCCCUGCUCACCCCUUCAGCCCCAGCCUGGCGGCCUCCACCACCAACCACAUAGACACUUGUGCGCCGGUCCCCGGGCCCCCGGCCGUGGUGGUGAAACAGGAAGCUGUGCUGCCCGAGCCCGAGCCAGCCCCUGCCCCCCAGCUUCUGCUGAGCUCACAGGGCCCCAGCCUCAUCACGGGGGUCACACCUCCCACCCUCAUCACUGACUCUACAGGGACCCACCUUGUCCUCGCUGUGACCAAUAAGAAUGCAGACAGCCCUGGCCUGUCCAGUGGGAGCCCCCAGCAGCCCUCAUCCCAGCCUGGCUCUCCAGCCUCCGGCCCACCCACCCAGAUGGACCUGGAGCACCCGCUGCGGCCCCUCUUUGGGACCCCCACUUCUCUGCUGAAGAAGGAGCCACCUGGCUAUGAGGAAGCCGUGAACCAGCAGCCCAAACAGCAGGAAAAUGGCUCCUCAAGCCAGCAGAUGGACGACCUGUUUGACAUUCUUAUUCAGAGUGGAGAAAUUUCAGCAGAUUUCAAGGAGCCACCAUCCCUACCAGGGAAGGAGAAGCCACCCUUGACAGCAGCCUGUGGGUCCCCACUGGCCACACAGCCCUCACCCUCAGCCGAGGUCCCCCAGGCUGCCCCGCCUCCGCCAGGCUCGCCCUCCCUCCCUGGGCGCCUGGAGGACUUCCUGGAGAGCAGCACGGGGCUGCCUCUGCUGACCAGUGGGCACGAAGGGCCAGAGCCCCUUUCUCUCAUCGAUGACCUCCACAGCCAGAUGCUGAGCAGCUCUGCCAUCCUGGACCACCCCCCAUCACCCAUGGACACCUCGGAAUUGCACUUUGUCCCUGAGCCUAGCAGCAGCAUGGGCCUGGACCUGGCUGAUGGCCACCUGGACAACAUGGACUGGCUGGAGCUGUCGUCAGGCGGCCCUGUGCUGAGCCUGGCCCCCCUCAGUACCACAGCCCCCAGCCUCUUCUCUACAGACUUCCUCGAUGGCCAUGAUUUGCAGCUACACUGGGAUUCCUGCUUGUAGUUCUCGGCUCCAGAGACUGGGGGUGGCGGAGGGGAUGGAAGUUGGGGAGCUGUGGAACUUCAGCGAGCGUGGCUCCUGCUUGAUUCAGCCUCUCCACGUGGUUGUCUUGACAAUCACAGUCCCUGCUUUUUUUCCUUCGCUGGGAGGCUGGAGCAGAGGGGCCCCUCCUCCUGGUUCAGGCUCACCCAGGGCAGAGGAAGAGUAGCUGUCAAGCAGCAACCCUGGGUCCCAUGCUGGGGUUUGGAGGCCUGGAUGGGGUCGGGCCAUUUCUGUUUGACCUCCUUUUUUGAGGUCAGAGGUGCACCGUCUGGCUGCAGUUUGGCUAAGGUAGGUGAGGCCCAGCCAACAGGCUGCUCUUCUGGCUCUGAGGUGAGUUGAGGGAGGAAUCUCCUUCCUGUCUCUUCCCCUUCGCUGUGAGGGAGGAAACUAGCCUGGGCCUCUACCUCCCCAUUCCCCAUGUCUGCCAACCCCAGGCUCCCGGCCAUUUUAGCAUCUUGGUAUAGUGUAACCAUUUAGUGGUUGGUGGCAAAAGUUUUCUGUACAGGUGUAUAUAUCUCUAUAUUAUAUAUUGAUAUACAUAUAUACAUAUAUUCUGGGGGGACAGGAGGUGGGUGCAGCUCCCAGGUAGUAGAUACGGGGUCACCCUUGAGCUGUGUGCCACAUGGUUUAGUGCCCUACCUGGUAUGCGGCUGCCCAGGCCCACCCAUCACGUGUGUGACAUGCAGAAACCCUGCCACGGCCUGUGCCCCACCUGCCCUGCUUCCUGGCUCCUUAUCAGUGCCACUGGGGCAGAGGUGCUUCCUGGCUAUGCUGCCAGGAGCUCUCCACCCACAUUCCGUCCCCCUCGCCUCACUGCAGCCAACGCGGCCCUGGGACAGGAGGGGCUUCAGGCCGGCUCCCUGCUGCUGUGGGCCUGAGAGGUGGCCAUGAAGCUGUGGCCUCUCAUUUUCCCUGAUUCAUAGGGGAGUAGGGAUGGAGUCACCAAAACCAGUGCUGGGACAAAGGUGGGGAAGCUGUGUGAACUUUUUAAAAUAAAAACCCAAACACCGGCUUGUUA